AGAGGCUUUGCGUCAAGCGAUAGUAGCGCCAUCUUAAGCACUCGGCCAUUUUCUUCAUUGGCUCACGCCCCUGACUUUUUGACUGGAUGCACCAACAUUCCCACAUUGUGCGAAUGAGUCCUCUCGCCUACUCACGGCCAAUACAGAUUUGGACACAGAUGGAGUUGUCUACUACACACGCGCAAGACACCAAAACACCUCAAGUUCUAGACUUCCUGCCUAGACACUCAGAAAUAACAGCCCGUCAUGCAAUACCUCAUUCGAUUCACACAGUUACAUGAGUCUUUCCGGUUGGCAGAGAUCAGGGCCCUCGCUGUCUUAGCGAAAGUCGAUUUGAAGAUCAUAGCUUACAGCGACGAAUCUCCAAUUUGUUUGGUCGAGUUUUCCUCAGAUGCUGCUGCACGCGCUGUUAUCGAGCGAUCGAUAUUAGCACAUAAUGUCUAUGAACACUGGGGAUCUGCCGAGACGCUCGAUGAACUACAUGCCACUAUCAAAAGAGACACCACUCACUUGUGGCCACUUUAUGCCACAUCGUCUUUUAAGAUCAGUUUAGACUGCUUUCGAGGUUCGAGGUCUCAAAAACAGAAAGUGGCUCUCAUUAACUCGUUCUCUUACCUCCCAUUUGAGGGCGCCAUCGACUUAUCGGCGCCCGACAAUGAGUUUACGCUCUUCGAGGAAUGGGUGUUUGAGCCUCUGCCUGAAAAGAAGCCAUCGUCACCCCUGAAGGUGCAUUUUGGGAGACUUAUUGGCGGUAGCGCUAGAGACCUGAUCAAUACCUUCAAUCUGAAGAAGCGUGAUUACAUUAGUACGACUUCAAUGGAUUCCGAACUGGCCCUUGUUACUGCCAAUAUCGCUCUGGCUGGGCCUGGCAAGCUCUUUUAUGACCCCUUCGUCGGCACCGGUAGCUUUCCAGUUGCCUGUGCACAGUUUGGUGCUCUCGUCUGGGGCAGCGAUAUCGACGGUCGGAGUAUGAGAGGUGAAGGUGGGAAGAAGAGUCUCUUGGGCAAUUUCAAGCAGUAUGGGUUGGAGAAAGCAUUAGGAGGAGUUUUCGUGAGCGACCUCACCAACACUCCUGUGCGCAGGGCUAGGAUUCUUGAUGGGAUACUAUGUGACCCGCCCUAUGGUGUGAGAGAAGGUCUGAAAGUAUUGGGAUGUAAGGAUACAGAGAGAAAUGCGCGGAGUAUUGAGAGAGGCAAAUUGAUGUACAAAGAGCCAGGAUUCAUCCCUCCUAAGAAACCCUAUAGCUUCAUAGCUAUGUUGGAUGACAUACUCAACUUCGCUACAGACAUGCUGGUCGAUAAUGGCCGGCUUUCUUUCUGGAUGCCAACUGCAAAUGAUGAAGACCAGGAGAUUCCCGUUCCCACGCACCCAUGCCUUGAGACGGUUGUCGUAUGCACCCAGGUGUUUAAUAAAUGGUCGAGACGGCUGAUCACCUACCGGCGGCUACCGGACUCAGACGUAGAUAUGUCGGCAUUAGCGUUGAGAAAGACACAAGAGAGCCAGGUCAAUGGCCGAUCCGCAGAUGAGCUUAAUCCGUUUCGCCGUCACUACUUUAGGGGGUUCAAGUCAGAACAGGAGCUCCUCGAUUCUGCAGCUCACGAAAAAAACCAAAUACAAACUUAGAUAUCUAAUUAUAACGGAACUUGCCGCAUUUUUCGUACUACCCGAAAGACAUCACGCAACCACCUCUUUUGUAGUAUUGUUUUUUCUGGGCUGCUAGAGCUCUAUGAAGCAUCUGCUUUUAGAGCGUGUCCAUCCAAGUACUCUCAUUUCAUAGUCAUUCACUAAACAUACAACGAAAACCACCGUAUGCUUUUCACCAAGUCUUCGGAACACGGCUUCGGACCAAGGCCUCGAGAACCGAACGCGUCCCGGCUUUUACGAGUUGUCGUGGGUAUUCAAA